CACAAAUAUUGGUUCAAUUUAAGACUUAAAAGACGAACAGUAAAGUAAAUACAUUAUUGACUUCUUAUACUAAAUACAAGUUUCCAUGAACAAUCUGGAUUAGGACAUAUUAAUUAUUUUCCCAUCAGAACGAAACACGGUUACAUAGACGGGGUGACUAAUGCGAGUGAGUGUCAAGUCGAAAUCAAAAGGUAAACUGGCUUAAAAGGUCACGUAAAGAACAUCGACGACACGAAAUCUUUAAAUGGCUUCUCCGCCCUUCAUCUCUCACACUGGUGAUGAUGCCCAUCAGCGAACUAAGUACACUGAUUUUGGAUCUAUAUCACGAUCUAAAUCAGUCCCGUCAGCGCCAAAGAUUGUGGAUAUGCUAGAACCAAUGCCUGCGUCGAACGAAAUACUGAAAUUUUCUAUUAUGCCAGCUGGACAUUACGACAAUGUCACAGCUGAUAUGGAAACGCCAAGGCAAGAUGUGCCAUCGGGGAAAGGAUUUAACAAGAAAAUAUUGAGCCUGCAAAUUCGACCGCUGUCUUCUUCGAAUGAAAGACGGGAGUCACUACGUACGCCGACUGGACACUCUGCUAUGGUCACUGAUAAUAAGUCAACGUCAAGGCGACAGAGUUCAUUGAAGAGAGGAAAUAAUGGUGAACACCCCGUUCAGCGGUCAAGAGUCACGGAUAGCACCUCUUUACCUAUACCGUCAGUCCGGUCAGCUCCGAAGGAUGUCAUGAGGGUUGAAGAUCAUCGGGCCAUGCCUUCUUCAACCGAACGAUUGGACUCACUCGAUGUUGCAUAUCCAGGAGACUCAGCAUUUUGCCUAACAGAAGAAGAGCAGCAAAUAUUUCAAAGCGAAGGACAGUACGUAAGAGCUCAAACGAACGAAGUUUAUAGAGAUGAUUCAGCAUUUUGCCUAACAGAAGAGGAGCAGCAAAUAUUUCAAGGCGAAGGACAAUGCCUUCCUGAUAUACCUCUUAAGAACAAAACAAACAGGGACAACGAAAGAUCGCUACAAAAGGAAAUACGACAAAAACAGAAAGAAUGUAAAAGACUGAGAAAAAAAGAAAAGUCGCUGCAAAAAGAUAUUAAUCAACUAGAGAAAGAAUGUAAAGAAUUUAGAAAAAGAGAAAAGUCGCUGCAAAAAGAAAUAAAACAACUAAAGGAAGAAUGUAAAGGUUUAAGAAGAUGCAAUAAUGAGCGGAGUUUUGCUUUAAACCAGAAACAAAGCGAGUUAGCCAAAAAAAGAAAGGAGCUUCUAGCACUGCAAGAAACUAUCAGAGUAAAAGAUGAAUGCCUAAGAAAGUACAAUGACACACUAAGAACAAAAAAGAAAUAUAUAUCGGACUUGGAACUUGAAUUAGCGGAUUUGAAAAAAGAACUCAGUCUGCAACUAAAAAGACAUCACGAAGAAGAGAGCAAAAUAGCAACGUUUGAGAACGAUAAGAAAAAACUUGAAGAAAAUGUUAAAAAGUUGGAUGUCGACAAAAAAAAACUGGAAGAAAAUGCUAUCAAGUUAGCUGAAGACCAGAAGAGACUGGAAGAAAAUGCUAUCAAGUUAGCUGAAGACCAGAAGAGACUGGAAGAAAAUGCUAUCAAGUUAGCUGAAGACCAGAAGAGACUGGAAGAAAAUGCUAUCAAGUUAGCUGAAGACCAGAAGAGGGAAGGAAAAACAAGAGCAUUGGAAAAUGAAAUACACAAAUUGCGAUGUGAUAAUGAAAGGCUAGAGGAUUACGUAAAAGAACUGACGGAUGAAAUCACACGGCUGAACAAAAAAUCAGAAUUAAUGAUACAAAACCAGCAGGAGGACAACGAGACCGACGAUCGUGAUAAGGAAUAUAUCGAGGAUUGGGAUAGUUCACAACAGGCUUGGAUAAAUGGCGGUAGAUCGGACAAAGCACUGAAACAGUUAAAAGAGUUACUAGAAACAAUUAAAUUCAGAUUGGUUUAUUUCAUGAAUUGCUUGAUGUGUAUCAAUGCCAGAAUUCGUAAAACAACGGUUACGAUGUGGUUGGAGGAUCGGACAAGAAUGGAAGAACAGCGCCAAACAAUGAGUGGCGAUAGAUCUGUCAAGUUACUCAAAAGGUUAAAUACUUUGCGAGGAUCAAUAGAACAAGUGGAGUUACAGACGAAGAAUGCAGAACGACACCAAAGGUUAAGUGCGAUAUUUUCAACGUCCGAAGAGGAAACGAAAAGAUUGCGGGAUGAAAAGUCAGAGACGGUAGAACGCCAGAAAAGGUUCAGCGCACAACUUUUGGAGAUUGAAGAAAACAGAAAAAGGUUCUGCGAACAACUUUCGGAGAUUAAAGAGGAAAUACCCAACCUGAAGAGUGAUGAUUAGGACGGUCCGCUAAAGAACGAAGAUCAUCGCUUAUCUUAUUGGAACGCAUUGCGUGUCAUCAUUGAAACACCUUCUAGAAAACAUAUCCACACAUAAGUAUCCAUCUAUUUUAGACUACGUCGCUUUUAUCAAUGUGAAACAUCUUAACACGAGGAUAGUGAUCAGCUAGAGAAAUACCCAGAAUAUUUGAUAUCAUUUAAUCGAUCUUCAACAAAUGGUAUAACACCAUUAAUACAAUUUAAACGGUGGACAAUAAAUUAUAGUGUGCACUUAUCUUUUUAAAAAUAACGUUACAAUAUACGAAAAUCUAUAUUAUCAAUUCCUGAUCCACAACACUGUUAGUAUACACAGGUCAACAAGGAUUUACAUAGUGUAAAUGAAUAAAUCAAAAUGAUCAUAUGAAGUUAUAAUACCAAUGUUUCAUGCAAAGGCCAAUUACAGCUUGUAUUUAUAUUUUCUAAUCCAUGAAGCUUUUGAUUGAUCUUCGUAAAAAUAUAUUGUGUAGUAUGUGUUUUACAAUUAAAUCUAACUGUUUCAAUUAUUCAGUUUCGAACAAUA